CAGACAAGGCUGAGGGCUGAACACCUUCCUCUUGCCUUGUAGCUAUGGAAACUCGUCGAUGGCAACAUCCAGCAGUCUGCUCCGGCCCAUCCUCAGACCUCAGAGGUGCUGAGUGUGUGCUACUGUACCGAUAAAUUAGACGCUGCAAGAUGGCGAUUGUGAGACGACUCAUGGCUUGUGUCCUUCUUUACACCAGCCUCGGUCACGUGCCAUCAUCACUCGGGGUAAUCCUCCGAACCACGGACAAGACUGUGUGGGCAAACGAGUUUGAGUCCAUCGAACUGACCUGUUUAAUAGAGUCCAUCUCCACAAACAACCCGAGGAUUGAAUGGAAAAAGAUUAAGAACGGCAUCCCCAGUUAUGUGUACUUUCAGAACAAGAUAGCAGGGGACCUGGAGCACAGAGCUCAGCUCAGAGAGCCUGCCAACAUCCUGAUCUUCAACGCCACUCGGUCAGACACUGCAGAGUACCGCUGCGAGGUGGCUGCCAUCGAUGAUCAAAGGGACUUUGAUGAGAUCCUUAUUAGUCUUGCAGUGAGAGUGAAACCCGUGGUACCGCGGUGCAGCGUGCCGGAGGCGGUCACAGUCGGAACAUCGACCGAGCUGCGAUGUCUGGAGAACGAGGGCUUCCCUGCCUCUCAGUACCGCUGGUUCCACAACAACGAGGAGCUUCCUCAGGACUCAAAAACCAGCCCCAAGUUGGUCAACUCUUCCUACAGCAUCAACCCAGACACUGGAAGCCUGAAAUUUCGAAGAGUGAGGAAGGAGGACGCAGGGGAAUACUACUGUCAAGCAAAGAACGAUGCGGGUCACGCGCAGUGUCCCUCACAAAUGAUGGAAGUCUAUGACGUUGACAUCCUCGGGAUUUUCCUCAAGUCGUUUGGUGCAGUGAUUGUAUUCUUCUGUCUGGCUGCUUCCAUUUGUCAUUCCUUUAGACGUGGAUGCUUCCACAAAAAAGGUCACAAUGAAAAUAACUACAAUUGGCCAGCACAGACUGAUGGUGUUGAGUAUGGCGAUGCAGAUGAGGGCCAUUUUCGCCACAAGUCUUCAUUCAUCAUUUGACAGCUGAGCGGGGCGAUAAGACGGAGCCAAGGCAAAAACAAAAACCGUCGAGGUUGACUUGCUACAACAAUGAUCCAGAUGGUGAAGUUUGAGGCGUGACAUGGCACAUUAUUCUCUGAUGCACAUAAAAAAAUCAAAUCAACCAACUUGCCAAAGUAAUUUUAAUAUCAUUUUGUGGCACAGUUUCAUGUUUUUUAUAACAUUAUAGCAUCUUUUCUCGGUUAGUGUUCAUUUCCAAUUAAAACAUUAUUUUUUUUUAAACCUUAUUCGACUUGUUUUUUAAUCACAUUUUUAUUAGACAACAAGAGUAUUUCAAAGCUGUGGAAUUUAAUAUCCAGUCCAUGGUUUCAUUGCAAAAGAUGCUGGAAGCUACAUUCCUUCAUGGUUUUUUGGACUUUUAUAACUCUUGAACUUUUUACAGAGUACACUGAAAUUGUUUUACAAAACUACUUUACAUUAUCUUUGUUCAUAAGAUAAACAUGUUGUUAUUUUGUUCCACGUGGGGAAGAGCUGAAAACCUGUUUUUGUAUAUACUGUAGUUACAGAGGCAAUAAGCAGCAGACUGUAGAUGGCUGAUGAGCUCUGAUUCAUAAGGCACAAUUUAUCAGCCUCCCUUAUAUUUACAGAUGAUAACAAGUAUGUACGAGUAACCCGUGAAUUUGAAUACCAUAUAUCCCACUAUGCUGCAAAGUCAAUAUGUACUAUAAAGGUGGUGAAGUUUGAUUUUUAGAGUGCUGUUUCUGUGUAUAAGUGACCUUCUGUGCUUUACUAAUUAUUUUGUGAGUAUUGGACAUAUUGUCCAGUUUUGACUCAGUAUUUAAUGUACAUAAAUACAUACUUUUUUUAUCUUUGAGUUUUCAUACAUUGCACUCCAUACUUUAUUGUAAAUAUGCAAUAAAACUGUUUGUUGGAAAUAAAUUUACAGUAUAAACUGUUCAGUGUGUUUCUGCAGUGUUGAGCCCGUCAUUUCAAACAUUGGUGUCAAUGAUUUGUGUAACAACUCAGGAACUGUUGUAAAAUGUCCACUGUUCAUUUGUUAUUAAUACUCAUGUUAUUUUGUUACUAUUAAAUACAUUUGGACUGUU